UCAUGUACAUUUGGUGAGUGCAGUGUUUGUUCCAGUUCAAAAGACGCGAUUUUUACGAUACUUCCAGACAACACGGACGAGAAAAGCGAUGGCUGAUCCCAGUACUGAAGGUCUGCGUCCUGGUCACCCUGGGAACGAGACUGAAGUUCUUGGCCCCGGCCACCCUGGGAGCAAGACCAGCAGCAGGGAGGGCCAGACAGCAGACGCGGGCCGGCAGCAGGACUGGGAAGAACCAGCUUCAUGCCAGGAAACGUUUGAUGGGAAGGUCAGGAAAACUGGCUCGUCAUCACAGCUAGAACGGGGGGAAAACCACGUGUCUGAGCUCCAUACUGAGAAACCCUACAUGUGUGGCGAGUGUGGGUACAGGGCAGAUCGCAAGUCUACCUUAUCCCGCCAUAUGAUGACUCAUACUGGUGAAAAACCCUACAAGUGUGACCAUUGUGACUAUUCUGCUGCACAGAAAUCCAGUUUGGACCUUCAUCUAGCAAAACACACAGGACAGAAACCCUACCAGUGUCACGAGUGUGACUAUUCUUCAGCACAAAAAUCCCAUUUGGACCGACAUGUAUUGAAACACACUGGAGAGAAACCCUACAUGUGUGGGGAGUGUGGUUACAGGACAACACAGAAGUCAGAUCUAUUGAAACAUAUGCGAACUCAUACAGGGGAAAAACCCUACAGGUGUGACCAGUGUGACUAUUCUGCAGCACAACAAUCCACUUUGGACUAUCAUCUUACAAAACACACUGGUGACAAACCCUACAUGUGUUGUGAGUGCGGGUACAGGACAGCUCGCAAGGCAGACUUAUCAAACCAUAUGAGAACUCAUACUGGAGAAAAACCCUACAAGUGUGACCAGUGUGACUAUUCUGCUGCAAAGAAAUCCUCUUUGGACUAUCAUCUUACAAAACACACUGGUGACAAACCCUACAUGUGUUGUGAGUGCGGGUACAGGACAGCUCGCAAGGCAGACUUAUCAAACCAUAUGAGAAUUCAUACCGGUGAAAAACCUUACAAUUGUGACCAGUGUGACUUUUCUGCAGCACAGAAAUCCUCCUUGGACAGUCAUCUAGUAAAGCACACUGGUGAGAAACCCUACAUGUGUGGGGUGUGUGGGUACAGGGCAGAUUGCAAGUCUACCUUAUCCCGACAUAUGAGAACUCAUACUGGUGAAAAACCCUACAAGUGUGACCAGUGUGACUAUUCUGCUGCACAGAAAUCCCAUAUGGACAUUCAUCUAGCAAAACACACCGCAUAUCAGAGAUGGCCAAUUGUGGAGGUCCUGAAGAUCUGUGUACAGGAUAUCCUGGGAACAAGACUGGAAGUUUGUGCCCUGACCACCCUGGGAACGAGAUUGGAGGUUUGUGUCCUGGCCACCCUGGGAACGAAACUGAAGCUUUGUGUCCUGGCCACCCUGGGAACGAGAUUGGGGGUUUGUGCCCUGGCCACCCUGGGAACGAGAUUGGGGGUUUGUGCCCUGGCCACCCUGGGAACGAGAUUGGGGGUUUGUGCCCUGGCCACCCUGGGAACGAGAUUGGGGGUUUGUGCCCUGGCCACCCUGGGAAGGAGACUAGUAGGGGUUUGUGCCCUGGCCACCCUGGGAACGAGACUGGGGGUUUGUGCAUGGGCCACCCUGGGAACGAGACAUACAACAGGGAGGGCCAGACAAGUACUAUAA